UCAAAGAUCACAAACUAUGCUGGACCCAUAAAAGAUCAGAAUUGUGACAGGGCAAGCCUUUCUUCAGGCGGUGCCGGAGAUGUGGAAUCCUGCUCCAUCAAUGAAGAUGACUUUGAAGGCAUUUCCUCUCCUCGUGACAACGAUCUCUCCACUGGUAACAGCUCGGUGGGGAUGAGUAGGACCAGCCUGGAGAGCAACACUUCCCAAGAGGGAGCGUCUAAGCAACUCUACCACAGCGGUUCCCCUUCUAGAACCCCGCAGAACUACAAGUCUGAGAUUCUAUCUUCCUGCAAUUCCAGUAGUACGAGCGUCUUCCAAAACUAUGCUAUGGAGGUGCUAAUCUCCAGCUGCUCCCGGUGUCUGACCUGUGAUUGCCUGGUCCACGAUGAGGAGAUUAUGGCUGGCUGGACAGCGGAUGAUUCAAAUCUCAACACCACCUGUCCCUUCUGUGGGAGCGCCUUCCUCCCAUUCCUGAACAUUGAAAUCCGAGACCUGCGCCGCCCCGGUCGGUACUUCUUAAAAGUCAGUCCAUCCACAGACAGCAUGCACCCUUCAGGUUGUCAGAGGCCAAAGUCUGCAAUCAUCCCGCCAGCUUAUUUGGUCACUCCAGCCAGCAAAGGAAAACUUGAGGACUCAAAUACCAGAACUAUAGAUAUACCGAGUGGGAAGAGGAAGACGGAUCCAAGUGAAUCGACCCAGCUCCUAGUCUUCCCGUAAAUAUGAGAAGCGUCAGUACAUUCAGCACUUUGGAUGAGAAGCCAUCUUGUAAUCUGAGCCAUGUCUCCACUGGCAAAAGCCUAUCCAUCCUAACUUUCAGACACCAUCACUGACUCGCUGGAGCUGGAAUGGAGGAUGUCCCAUCCUGAGCCAAUUACUGUUCCCUACCUCAGUCCUCUUGUAGUAUGGAAAGAACUGGAAAGCUUACUGGAAAAUGAGGGGGACCCAUCCAUUACAGUCCCAGGCUUCGUGGACCAUCACCCCAUCGUCUUCUGGAAUUUGGUGUGGUAUUUUCGGAGACUGGACCUUCCCAGCAACCUGCCUGGAUUAAUCCUUUCCUCCGAACAUUGUAACCAGCAUUCAAAGAUCCCUCGGAGCUCCAUAUCUGAGGACAGCAAACACGUCUUGAUUCAAGUCUUGUGGGACAACCUGAAACUUCACCAGGACGUACGGCAGCCGCUUUACAUUCUAUGGAACACUCUAAGUCAAAACUGCACUGUAGUUUAUGAGACCCAGGAGCAUCCUCUGGCUCUUGCACAGCAGGAGGAUGAAAACGUUGAUCAGGAGUUUCUGCAAGGCCUAGUGAAGAGCAUCAAGAACAACAAUGUGUAUGGACCUAUGAGCCAAAUUCUCGAGUCUCUGCAGCACAGCCACAAAGCAACACGGCAAAGGAGUUUAUACAGAGAGAUUCUCUUCCUGUCUCUCGUUGCCCUCGGAAGAGAGAACAUUGACAUAGACGUAUUUGACCGGGAAUACAAAGCGGCUUAUGACCGGCUGAGCCCCGAGCAGGUGAAGUGCACCCAGAUCUGCGACCGACCCCCCAGCACAGGCGUCACAGAAUGCAGGAAAACCUUCGGGCAGCCGUUCCUCUGA